AUGUUGUUCAACUUCGUUCUACACAAGUAUUUAUGCUUGAACAGCUGUUGCGAGGCUUUCCUGUGCGAUGUUGUGGCUUGCGUAAACUACAUUGGCAAACUUUGGAUGUUGAGUUCAUUAAACUCAAGAGUGGCUAAAGAAAUAAUUUUUGGUAUUGCAGCACACGAUCACGGUUUAUUAGACCUUUUCUUCAUCUUCUUCUUCUCCUUCAUCAAUUGUGAAGUGAUCGAUGGAAAAUAA